GCGUGCAGCUGCGCCACCCGCGACGGCAGCUGAAGAAGUUAGAUGAGGACAGUUUGACCAAACAACCUGAAGAAGUAUUUGAUGUAUUGGAGAAGCUUGGAGAAGGUUCCUAUGGCAGCGUUUUCAAAGCUAUUCAUAAAGAAACGGGUCAAGUUGUUGCAAUUAAACAAGUUCCUGUGGAAUCUGACCUGCAGGAGAUAAUAAAGGAAAUAUCCAUAAUGCAGCAAUGUGACAGUCCUCAUGUGGUGAAAUAUUAUGGCAGCUAUUUUAAGAACACAGACCUAUGGAUAGUCAUGGAAUACUGCGGCGCUGGAUCCGUGUCUGAUAUUAUUCGAUUACGAAAUAAAACUCUCACGGAAGAUGAAAUUGCUACCAUAGUGCAGUCAACACUCAAAGGACUGGAGUACCUGCAUUUUAUGAGGAAAAUACACAGGGAUAUCAAAGCUGGAAAUAUAUUGCUAAAUACAGAGGGACAUGCUAAGCUUGCRGAUUUUGGAGUGGCAGGACAACUUACAGAUACCAUGGCAAAACGGAACACAGUUAUAGGGACCCCAUUCUGGAUGGCUCCAGAAGUGAUCCAAGAAAUUGGAUACAAUUGUGUUGCAGACAUCUGGUCCCUGGGAAUCACUGCAAUAGAAAUGGCUGAAGGGAAACCACCGUAUGCWGAUAUCCAUCCUAUGAGGGCAAUUUUCAUGAUUCCCACCAAUCCUCCUCCGACGUUUCGGAAGCCGGAGCUCUGGUCAGACAAUUUCACAGACUUCGUCAAACAGUGUCUUGUUAAGAGCCCUGAGCAACGUGCCACUGCCACGCAGCUUCUGCAGCACCCAUUUGUUAAAAGUGCCAAAGGGGUGUCAAUCCUGCGAGAUUUGAUUAACGAAGCCAUGGAUAUCAAGCUGAAACGGCAGGAAGCACAACAGCGUGAGCUAGAUCAAGAUGAUGACGAAAACUCGGAAGAAGAUGAAACUGAUUCAGGCACCAUGGUGAGGGCAAGCAGUGAUGAAACCAGUACCAUGAGAGCUGUGAGUACGUUGGGUGGUGGGGCCAACACCAUGAUAGAGCACGACGGCACCUUGGAAUCCCAGCUGGGGACAAUGGUGAUAAACACAGAAGAGGAGGAGGAAGAAGGGACCAUGAAAAGGAGGGACGAAACGAUGCAGCCAGCCAAACCGUCAUUCCUUGAAUAUUUUGAGCAGAAGGAGAAGGAGAAUCAAAUCAAUAGCUUUGGGAAGAAUGUGUCUGGCCAGACAAAAAAUUCAUCUGAUUGGAAGGUACCACAGGAUGGAGACUACGAAUUUCUAAAGACAUGGAGCGUGGAUGAGCUUCAGAGGAGACUCACAGCGCUCGACCCCAUGAUGGAGCAGGAGAUUGAAGAAAUCCGCCAGAAGUACCAGUCRAAGCGGCAGCCGAUCCUCGAUGCCAUCGAAGCCAAGAAGCGGCGGCAGCAGAACUUCUGAGAGCCACCAGCACAACCUCCUGCCAUCCCCAGCACUCAGCUCCUUGCUUUUGUGACUACUAAAACAGAUGGAUUUCUAUUGAAAUAUGUCAGCGAAAUAGAGGGCGAUACUUCUGCUCGUUUAUUUUUCCAUAGCACCUUCGUGAACUCAGGAAUGCCAUUGGAGUGGGAAGUCCUGACGGAAUAUUUUAUGUUAGAGAAGUAUUUAAAACAUUGUUUUGAAGGAGUCUUGUUACUGCUUUUAGGUGGGUUGUUUUUAAAACAGAGGAACAGCAAGGAAUAGACUGAUGAAAGUUGGCACGCUCUUUUCAGCAGAACUUUCAGUAGUCCAUUCCCUUGUUUUAUGUUAAUAUGAAUUGUGGUAUUUAAUGGCUUCAUCUCUUGUGGUUUUUUUAUAUAUUUUUUGAGAAAGCACUCAAAUUCAAGAUUCAAUUUCAAGCUGUUAACUCUUAUCUUUCUACUGUUAAGGUACUGGUAAGUUUUAGGUSACUGAAGAAAGUAGGUGAGAACAUGUGCAAACUGCUCCCGCCUCUUUUGAAAGAAAGGUAAAUCUUUUGUUUUUUGUUAAAGCCUGUGAUAAGCCCCAUGCCUUACACCAUAUGCUUUAAGCAAAUGUGGUUUCUUCCAGACCUCAGUUUUGUCCUUUUUUUGUGUGUGUAGUUUAUAAAUUAAUACUAGCAGAUAAAAGUAUGUGGUGCCUCCAUCGGAAAUUCUAUUCUGUGAUUUAAAAUUCACACUUACUUAAAACCAAAAGCUAAUGAGUGAUCUUACCUGAUACAAAGCAGAUUCCCUGCCCGCUGUCUCUAUGGAAAUGGCCUUCAGUGAGACCCUGCUGACAGUGGAGUCCUGGAAGAAGUACUGCAGUAUUACAAGGGGUGGAAGUUGUGUGACCCUCUCUCAGGAAUUAGGUACUUCUGCCCUGUGUACCAGAGGACUUGAAAAGAAAAUCUCCACUAAUUCACUAUAGUGAAAUAGUUUGUAGACUUCAUCAUUUCAAAUUUACCUCAUUAGGUGCUUGAACAAAAAUAUGAUUUCACAAUCCUUUACAUUUCGACACAUCAGGAAAGUUCAACUGAAAAUCAUUCCUAAGGCCAGUGGUGUGUGUUUGGGGGCGGAGUGAAUGUGGAGUGAAUCUGGAGGAGGAAGCAGCUGCCAUCCUCAUCCUCACCUGCUAGCAAAGGGAAAUUUAGCCUCUCCCCCUUUCCUAUGAUGCUCCCUGUGUUUCUCUAUAAAACUCCCUGCCGUUUCGUAUAGCUGAACUGAUGAGAGUACCCGUGAGAAAGCAGCUGGCAUGAGGCUCGUGCCCUUAACUCACACGGGCAGGAGGGARAGCGAAACACAAGCACCAAAAGUGGCCUGAGUUGCAGGGCGGCGCGACCAAGUGAUGCGUGGGCUCGAUGGGCUGCAGCUGCAGCAGUUUGUAAAGCUCAGAGGGGAUUUUUUUAUGUGCCGAGUGCAUGAUUAAGUAUCUGGCAAGAGCAAAUACUGCUACUGCUUUAUUUUCAUUUGCUCUGAUAGAGGGAACCGUUUCCACGUCACUCUUCUGCAGUGGACCCUGGUAUGUCAGCCAGGUGAUUAAGCUAAAUAGCAGCGUCACCUGAUUCAAACGGUGCUAGAGAGGAAAAAGGUUCUUUUCUCACCCCUGUAGUUUCUUGGCUGCUGUUAMCAGGUAAACUCCACUGAUGUGAAAGGAACCAAGCCAUUUUUAUCACCUUUGAGGAUCCGAUUGUGUGAGUUCAUCUCUGAUGCACAGUGCUAACACAUCCAUUUCCCAGAUCAGCAAACCAGCUCUCCCUAAAGGAGGAGGGAAGCAGCAAGUGGUGAGUGUGUGUAGGGGACUGAGGUAAGAAUACAUCGCGGGAUAAUCAGCUGUUUGGUAGCCUCAAGUAGUGGGAAUGCUUUAGAAGCGCUUAGUGUCACCUUGCAAGCCAAAUAAUUAAAAACCUUCAUUAUCAGAGGGCUAAAAUCCCUUAGCCAUGAGCAUCCAGCAGCUAAAUGUGCCGUGAAAUCUCACGAAGUGCUGUGCGAGCAACAGGACCAUGUAGCUCUUGUUUGGAAUCUGUGCAAUAUGCUUGGCCCUAAGUGUUGGUUUAUAACGAGCAGCAUUUCGGAGAGCCCUUUGCCUCAGAGAAACCCACAGAGCUAAGAAGGGAGUUUUGCAUUUGGGUAGUGGCUCAUGAGUUAGUCACUUGGAUGGGUCUCGCCGAUCCUGGUUGUAUCCUGCUCUGGAGCUGGGUCUGCUCUGGAUGCAGCUCUGCUUGAUGAGAGGCACCAGGCUGGACAGCUCGUGCCAGGCCAGAUGAAUCCCAGCCUUUAGAGUGGGCAUGUUCUUGUACCCGCUGUGAUAGACGUGUGCUUGUGUGUGACGUGGAGAGCUGAGYGCGCUGCUCACGUGGCUCGAGCACGUUCUGCCAGGAGUGGUUUUACCUUCGCACUGUGCAGGUAACCUCAUAGUGACCAGAGGGCAUUAGUAAACCCAAGUGUUAAGUAAAACACCACAGGGUGGUGUGUGUUUCUGGAAUAUGCAACCUGUGACUGCUGUAACUGAAUGUAAGCACUGCUGAAAUGCUCUGCCUUGCCGAAGCGAUUGUCUUAAAAUACAGCAAAUGAACCAAAAUAAGUAAUACUGGUCCAAUGGCUUAAUUGUCUUUGAACCUUUCUUAAAUGCUUGCAAUAGUUGGGACUUGAUGAGAGCUGUUACACUAGGAGCUCCAAUGCAGAGGAUUUUUUCCUCCUUCACUGACUUUCAAUUGCAGCUAGAGAAAAGGAUUCCCUUUCUGGUCCCUUUGGAGACUCUCUGGGAGCACAGGACCUCCUCAGAGCCUUCUAGGCUAAGACCAAGGCUCUUUGGACUGUGCUUAAGCAGAAUGUUUGUUUAAUUAUGCAGCUGCAUUCGUGUGCUCCUUGAGUCUCUCUGCGUUGCUGAUGGACAAACCGUUACCUUUGCUUCGAUAGCCCAGAGAUACUGAUGAUGUCAGUCAUGUGAGACUUAAUAAUG